AUGGCUUCCUCUGAAUCCAACGGCGUCCCGGUCACCAUACCUGCGGUCCACGAGAUCAGGAAGAGGACAAGUACAGUAGUGCAGAGCUCUUUGGAUCUGGUCAACAGCUUCUCGCGCUCGCAGCAACGCCGAUACGGCAAGCUCGCCCUCGGCUCGGCCCCCUCAUUCGCAUUCACCGCAAGAUCGACCGGCUAUGGCUCGGUUCAGGACGGUGAGGUCUAUGACGAGGAGGAUGACCUCGGCUCGGACGAGGAAGAAUACGAGUACGAUGAGGAGGAGGCGAUAGAUGAGAGUCGCGAGGAGGACGGAGCGAGCACCACGAGGGGAACGAGCGGCUUCUUCUUCUCCGACCCGGUCAACGACUCGCCCGAUAGCUCUCUCCGGGGUCCACGUCUCAAGCAGGUCCGCGCAGCAAGGCGGUCUUUCGGCCUGAACCACUUCAACUUUACCCCUACACCGGAGCGGCCGCCGUACGAGGAGACGCCGGGAACCGCGUCUCUCGCCCAGUCACCCACAUCACACAUCUACCACGGUCCCACUGGCGGCGACGUCGAGUCCACACCUCUCCUCUCGGCCAAUGCUACCGUGAGCACACCUCAGAAACUGGUCUUUGAGGAGACUUUCGCGCCGGACUCGGUCGCUAGCCGUCGCCCUAGCACAAUAGGACGAGGGCGACUUGCUGGAGCAGCAGGAAGGCGCCUGAGCACCGAUAGGCGAAGCGUAAGGUCUCGGCGCAGCAUAGCGGUAGAGAGAGGCGAGAGUACGGACGGGCAAACACUGUUCAACUGCGUCGCCGUCCUCGUCGGCAUCGGAAUUCUAUCCAUGCCAUUGGCUCUCCAUUACAUGGGCUGGAUUCUCGGCACAUGUGUCCUCGUGGGCUUUGGUGCACUCACAUGCCAUACCGCAAAGCUUCUCGCCAAGCUGAUAGCAGCCGAUCCCGCCAUGAAAGGCUACACGGAUCUGGGCAAGAAGGCAUUCGGUCCAUGGGCUGGUGGAGCCAUCACACUUUUGUUCUGCCUCGAGCUGUUCGCAUACGGACUGGCUCUCAUCGUGCUCUUUGGUGACUCGAUGAAUGCCAUCUUCCCCAACAUCUCAUCGGAUACCUGGAAAUUUAUCGUCUUCUUCCUUAUCGUUCCCACCACGCUCAUGCCCCUCCGCCUCCUCUCCCUCCCCUCCAUCCUCUCAACCAUCUCUUCGUUUGUUCUCAUCGCCAUCAUCCUCAUCGAUGGUCUCGGUAAAGACACCGCCCCCGGCUCCCUGCUACACCCCGCCGAGACCAACAUCUUCCCGCAGUGGCGACACUACAACUUCCUGGGUGGGAUCGGCUUUGUCUUGGCGGGAUUUGGGGGUCAUGCGGUCGUACCGAGUCUGGCAAGGGAUAUGAAGACGCCGGAGAACUUUGAUCGGGUGAUCAACAAGGCUUUCUUCAUCGCAAGUGCUCUUGGUUUCGUUGCAGGAGCAAGUGGAUACUUGAUGAUUGGGAAUGGCGUAUCUGAUGAGAUCACUAAAGACCUUAUGGAUGAAGUAUACGGCUAUCCUCGGUGGCUGAAUGUGUUCGCUCUUUGGAUGAUUGUCAUCAACCCCUUGACCAAGUUUGGCCUUUGCUCUCGACCCUUCAACCACACCCUUGAAGCUAUCCUCGGCAUCAAUCGCGUCCCAUACCUUCCGCCCCGUGUUCAACCCGCAGCAGACGUUUCCAACCCGCUCAUGUCCUCCGUCACCCGCCUCGCUCGGAACUCCAUCUCCUCAUUCCGCGACUCUACACCUCGGCCAUCUUUCUCUCAGCUCAACACCCCCUCUCGACCCCUCCUCUCCCCCUCGGAUGCGCCAAAUAUGCCGAAACAGCUCGGAACGAUCAGCGAGAACCAGACGGGCCCCGGCGCGCCAGACUGGCUUGUAUGGAAGAAGGGAGAGAAGCGGAAACUGGCAGCGAGAGCGAUCAGUCGGACACUCGUCACUGCGGCGUGUACGACCGCGGCGGUGCUCAUUCCCGGUUUCGAGAGGGUCAUGGGGUUCAUGGGCAACUUUUCAGCCUUCCUCAUCACGGUCAUCUUGCCGAUCUCCUUCUAUCUCGCCCUUGCACCUCGGAUGGGCAUCGUCCGGCCCGAGAUCGACAAGUCGUGGGCAUUCGAGCGGUCCAUCCUGGUCGUCAUCCUCAGCAUCAGCGUGGUGUUCAUGGUCGCGGGGACCGCUUGGGCCUUCCAGCCUGAGCACUAA